GCCCCAAAGAAGGGAGGAAAAAACGUCUGCUUUCACGAACAAAUCCGGGCUCUCUUCGCGCCGGGAAGUCAUUUUCGCUGUAACAAAGUUUCAUUUAACAAUGGCUAUCUCGAUAACUUUUUGCUUCCAUUGACGGCCGCGAUGCCCUGAGAUUAGUUUGAUAGGGUAUUUUCUUCAGUACAGUGAUUUCCUCCGUCUUCUGAAAGUUUUUCCGGAGCAUAACACUAUGACCGAUAUCGCAAAAUCAACCUCGAAAGAGGAGAUUGAGAAACUUGAAACCAAGCCCAAGCGCGAGGCAGAUGUUGAAGAUCCCGAUGUUACUACGAAGAAGUUUAAAACGGAAGCUGCUGCUGAUUCUGGAGACUGUACCGGCAGAAAGUUGGAAGCUGGUAACGGUGAUGAAGAAGAUAAGAUCGUCAAGAGGGAAGUCGAGCUUGAAAUUGAAGCGGAUGCGGCGGAGGAUAAAGGGUCCAGGCAUACAAUGGAGGAUGCCUGGGUUUUGCUUUUGGAUGCGAGCUUGGAUUCUCCUGGGAAGUUGAGAUGUUCACAUUUUGCUAUCUACGACGGACAUGGGGGCCGAUUAGCUGCCGAUUACGCUCAAAAGCAUUUGCAUACAAAUGUUCUCUCGGCUGGGUUACCACGUGAGUUGUUGGAUGUAAAAGCAACUAAAAAGGCUAUACUUGAUGGUUUCCGGAAAACUGAUGAGUCUCUUCUUCAAGAAAGCUCUGCAGGGGGAUGGCAGGAUGGCGCUACUGCUGUUUGCCUUUGGAUAUUAGGUCAAACGGUUUUUGUUGCUAAUGUUGGUGAUGCUAAAGCAGUUGUAGCACGAUCUUUGACUGCUGACAAAUCGUCAAAUAAUCCUAAUGGUGGAAGCUCUUUAAGGGCUAUCGUUUUGCUGGUGGUGUUGUUGGUUCAAACGGUCGACUGCAGGGCCGGCUUGAAGUUUCUCGAGCACUUGGAGAUCGCCAAUUUAAAAAGUUGGGCGUUAUUGCAAUCCCAGACAUUCAUUCUUUCGAAUUGACUGAUAGGGAGCAUUUUAUCAUUCUCGGAUGUGAUGGACUUUGGGGGGUUUUUGGACCAAGUGAUGCUGUCGAUUUUGUGCAGAAAUUAUUGAAGGAUGGCUUGCCCAUAACAUCAAUAAGUCGACGUCUUGUGAGGGAAGCUAUUCGUGAGCGGCGCUGCAAAGAUAACUGUACUGCAAUCAUCAUUGUCUUCAAGCCCAAAUUAUUAAGCAGGAAAUAAUCAGGAAUGAUGUGAGAUUUGUGUUACUGAUACUGUACAAGCAAGCUCCCAAGAUGUUUUCUUUUUUGUACAAGUGGACUGCUUAGUUAGAGACGUCAAGGUUUUGGAACUGAUGUGGAAGCAGUGGGGUACCCAGUGAACCAUUUUGUGUGAAGCAAUUUCAGUUUCAAGAUUUUGUGAGAUACCGAUGUUAUUACCUUCCAACAAUAUUACGCAAGUAGAGCUUUUUCUUAGUUGUUUGUAUGCUGGUUGAAUAUGUGUAAACAACUACUAUAGUGUUGAUUUCAUGCUUAGAUAUGUAUUCUUGUUCAUGACCAAACAAUCAGGAGUGAUGAUUUCAUGAUUAGAACUCAAUUAUAUUCAUAACUAAAAUCACUAAAAACUA